AUGGAAGUCGUUCUGGACCACACUCGAGGUCACGGACCUGUACCCACUGCACCACCGCCAGAAGGCAGCGGCGGUCAUCCCACGAACGAUGUUCUGAAGCAAGGUGGAUGGGCCGCUUUGAAUAGUGCCACUGUCUUCUUUCCACCAUUACUUAUCAGACUCAUUCUGGAGCACUUUGAAUCUCCAGAUUUGAUAACUCGAAGCACGGCUUGGCUUUGUGUUGCUGGACUGUUGACUGUUGGCAUGGUUUCUGGGAUUGCCGACUGUCAAUGCACUUGGAUGGGCAACCGGAUGACUGCUAAGAUACGGACCAUACUGGUCAAUGAAAUCUAUGAAAAGGUGCUACGGAAGGGCCUCGCAACUCCACAUCUAUCAGACCAACGGAGCCCAAAAGCCAAUGCUACAGAUGGGAACAUUCUAAACCUCAUGUCAGUUGACGUCGAGCAUGUCAGUUCCGUGAGUGGAAACCUCUUUCUGCUUUGGGUAACUUUCCCAAUCCAGAUCGGUCUCGGGACAUGGUUACUGUACAUCCUUCUCGGCAUCAGUGGUAUAGUAGGGGUUCUAUGCAUGGUCUUGUUACUGCCGUUGAAUUUCCUCAUAUCCCAGCGUGUGAUGGCUGCACAAGCGCGUCUCUUGAAAGUUAGUGACAGCCGUAUCCAGGCAGGCAACGAAUUGUUGCAUAAUAUCCAUACUAUAAAAUAUUCAGCUUGGGAGGCCCAAUUCCAGAAUAGGGUCAUGGAAAAACGUCGAGCGGAAAUGAAGGAAUUGCGUUCGCGUUUCGUGUGGUGGUCAGUCAAUGCUACGACUUUCCAUUCCCUCCCACUCAUUGUUACAACUAUAACCUGCUUUUUCUUCACUGCAAUCUGGGGUAAUCGUCUGAAAACCUCAAUUGCAUUCCCAGUCUUAGCUAUCUUCAGUAUAAUCCGGAUCCCCUUGGAUCGUCUGGCCACCUCUAUUACAUUUCUAUUGCAAGCUCGCGUUUCUCUGGCCCGUAUCGACAAUUUCUUACAAGAAAGAGAAACCGACAAGUACAAGCAGCUAUCUAUGGUUACUGAUAGAUCCAUAGAGGAGGAUAUCGGCUUUGAUCAUGCUACACUGUCAUGGCCAUUGGAAGCGUCUACAAACACGCAGGGCAAUAAGACAGAUGAUGGAGACGGCAUGGCCUUGGAGGAACUUCUUAGUGUUCGACCGUUUAUGCUUCGGGAUCUAAACAUUCGAUUUCAGAUCGGUCGCCUCAACCUCGUCUGCGGACCAAGCGGAUCGGGAAAAUCUUCCAUUUUACUUGCUCUUCUCUGCGAAAUGGAUCUAAUCGAAGGCCAAGUUGUGCUUCCCCUAGUUUGGAGGGAAGAAAAUUCGUCCGCACAGACAACAGCGUACUGUCCACAGGAGCCGUGGAUCAUGAAUCGGAGUGUACGAGAGAACAUUACACUCAACACACCAUUCGAUAGCCUGCGUUACGAAAGUGUUCUGCAUGCUGUGGCACUUCUUCCAGACAUUGCUAAUCUAGAUAAUGGAGAUCAGACCUUCUGCGGAGAGAAUGGAAGUCGACUGUCAGGUGGUCAAAAGCAACGUGUUGCUCUCGCGCGGGCACUUUACAGUGAUUGCAAAAUUAUGCUUCUUGAUGAUUGUCUAAAUGCAUUAGACCCUCACACCGCGAAGCACGUCUUCUUUCAUGCAAUCAAGGGACCGUUGAUGAAAGAUCGCACCUGUAUUCUCGUUACGCACCAUACACAUCUUAUCAUUCCUCACUGUGAUUAUGUCUUUCUGCUCGAAAACGGCACAGUACAGGCUGAAGGUUUCGUUGACCUGGAUAUGACAGAAAGCGAUGUGCCGUCAGUAUCGGAGCUUUCACUUACGAAUGGCAAGGUUCCCGACGUUGACGAGUCAUAUCCGGGAGAUUCUGCGAAUAUGGUCCCCCAAUCCGAGUUUCUUCAGGAGUCUAGAGAUGCAGAAACACAACUAGGUCACGUGGAACGCAAGGCUGAGGGAGCUGUCCCCUGGUCCAUCGUGAAGAGGCACCUGAGCGCUAUGGGGAGUCGAUGGUACUGGGUAGCAGUAUUAUCCUUGUUCGUAAUACAACAGAUUGCUUCACUCGGAACCAAUUUAUGGAUCAAGAAUUGGGCAUUGCAGUACGAUAAUUCGGAAGCGCAAGUCAAUGCAUGGUAUUAUAUUACAAUCUACGUAGCGUUGUGCGCUCUCUAUGCACUUGUCACCGCGCUUCGCGAUCUCACCACCUUUUACGGAUCCCUCAAAGCUUCAUCCACAAUAUUCGCUCGACUCCUUAAUAGAGUGGUCCAUGCCAAGAUAAAUUUCUUCGACAGUGUCCCUUUAGGACAAAUAAUAAACAGAUUCUCGAAGGACAUGGAAGUAGUUGACCAACUUAUAGCGGGAUUCUCCACCAGUGGGUUACAGCUCCUUGUCUCUAUCGCUAUGGUUGUCGUCUUUAUAUCCACUGUUCUGCCUGCAUUCCUUAUAGUGGCUUUCUUCAUCUGUGUGGCCUACUACUUCGUCAUGGCGAUGUAUAUCAAUGGGGCCCGGGACUUGAAGCGGAUCGAGGCUGUCGAGAGGUCGCCUCUAUACCAGCAAUUCAGUGAGACUCUUGCUGGUUUUAUUAGUAUUCGGGCAUAUGCGCGAACGUCGGACUUUAUCUCACAUAAUCUCAAGCUCGUGGACCGGUUGAAUCAGCCGUACUUACUCCAAUGGGCCAGUAAGGAAUGGCUUACUUUCCGAGUGAAUGCCCUCAGCUCAUUUAUCUCGUUUUUCACUGGUGCUUUUGUGCUGUUGAACUCUCAAUGGAUUGAAUUCGGCAGUGCCGGUCUCGUGCUCUCUUAUGCGGUAACUUUCACGGAAAAUGUUAUGUGGCUGGUUCAAGUGUAUGCAAUCAUUCAACAAAAUCUCAACUCGGUGGAUCGCAUCUUCGAAUACGAUCAGAUUGAGCAGGAGGCUUACACACCUGUGCGGCAAACAGUUUAUGAUAUGCCAGAGGAUUGGCCAUCUCAGGGUGACAUUCGAUUGAUUGAAUACACCACGCGCUAUUCCUAUAACCUAAAGCCUGUCUUGAAAGAUAUUAGUUUCCACAUUCGGCCUGGUGAGCGUGUUGCGGUCGUCGGGCGGACGGGAGCAGGCAAAAGCUCCCUUUUAUUGGCGUUAAUUCGAGUUUUGGAAGCAGACAGUGGGCGUAUUGAGAUUGAUGGGAUCGAUAUCGCGGCUGUCAGCCUUGAGCAGCUUCGGCGAGCCAUCACCAUCGUACCCCAGAACCCGAAGCUAUUCGAUGGCACAUUGCGUGAUAAUUUAGAUCCACUUAAUCGUGCCACCGAUGAAGAUAUUAUAAGCGCCCUGAAUAUGGUUCAUCUCAUUGAUAACGUAGGGAUAUCUGAGCCUGUAAGAGGGAUGGAUCUACUGCAACAUCCAGCCAAUGCGUUGUCGCAAGGUCAACGUCAACUGUUGUGUAUUGCUCGCGCUCUUUUGCGUCGGUCACAUAUUCUCAUACUCGAUGAAGCAAGCGCUUCUAUUGAUUAUGCAACGGACACGGCGAUCCAAGCAGGAUUACGGGCGAGCAUCUCUAAGGAAACAUCAGUGCUGACAGUUGCCCACCGAUUACGAACCAUUGCAGACUACGACCAAGUCAUAGUGCUGGAUACUGGGCGUAUUGUAGAACAAGGGUCUGUUCAAGCGCUUCUUGCGCGGCAGGGACGGUCUGCCAUUUUCCGCCGUAUGUGUGAGGAGUCAGGAGAUCUUACCCAUAUCAUGCGAGUGGCCUCUGAGAGGGACUUAAACAUCGGGGGUGCGCAACGAGUGAUGAUUUGA